GACGGAGGAUGCGACGGACGAUCGAUGCACUUGGUGCGAGGAUCGCGAUCGACGGCAGCACGGUCUCUUGGCGAUCUCGGGAAAGACGAAACAGACAAGAACGAUCUCUCAUCGGGCACAUACGACGCUCCCGUCCACGAGUUUCUGAUUUCAAGUACCUUGUACGAAUUUUACGUAUCUCCUCUCAGACUCAGCACGGAUAUAUCGUCAACCACAAGUAUACACACACACAUAUAUAUAUUGUACUUCUAUUUAUAUAUAUAUAUAUAUAUAUAUAUAUAUAUAUAUAUAUAUAUAUAUACAUACGUAUACAUAUACGAUAGAUACUAAUUACUACGCGCAAUCGUGUAUCCUUAAGCCGACGAGACACGUCGUUUCUUCUUACUAUGUAACCGCGAUAAGAUCGAAUCUAAGCGCUAAAAACUGCUUGCUCCCGAGAGACUAUGCGGUAUACGCGUAUCAAUAUUCUACUAUUAAGCUUCUGCGAGAGAAAAGAGAAAAUUAAACGCUAAAGUUAAACGUAUUACAAAUAUAAUGCAUAAUAUUCUCUGGUGGUAUAUACUUUACGCUUGUAUAUCUAUUAUAUUGUCCACGAGAUAGAUAGGAAACCACUUUCUGUCUGUCUGUAUUACCGUCGCUCGCACAGCAGACCGACGACGGUACUCACGACACAUUGUGAUCUAAUCUUAGGGUAUAGAUUUUUCAAUAAUAUGCGUUCAAACGACAAAAAAAAAGAAGAAAAGCAGAAAAUAAAACAGACGAUGAGUUCGGUAUUCUUCGCAUUAGAUGCCGCGUGAUUCGUCUCGGUCUGAACGACGUUGAUGCGACAUUCAGACAGGCCGAACGACUUGCGCGGCGAGUAAGUUUACGAGUAAGCUCUACGUAUGAUUACAACGCUGAUUACACCGAUAGCCUCUAAGGAUACCUUACGUAGCGUGAAUUUUUAGACCGAAGAACCCACUUUGCGAGACGCAUCGUAGGUAUCGUUGCAAGAAAAAAAAAAAGUUAAAAAGAAGAAAAAAACAUUGGUACAUAUUGGUUAGUCACAGAGCGCUAGAGUAUCCAACGAUAGCGAGUAUUUAGGAGACACUAGGUAUGAUGAUUGGGUGCGGGUUGAAAAACAAACAAAAAUGAAAAAAAAAGAGAGAGAAAGAACAAAUAUACAUACGCGAGUCCCUCUUUCCAAUUUUCAAUAUUUUAUAAAAUCCGGUAUGUGAAAAAACGAAGGUGGAUUAUAUAUCGUCAAACUAUGACCUACGUCGUAAUUAACCUAUACUGACUUUAUUAGCGGCUUAGCGUAUCCUGUAAUCUUUAUAUAUCAUACUUUUCAUAUAUUAGCUUACGACAAUUAAUGAGUAAUCUAUACCAAAUGUAUCUGAAUCUCAAUUAUAUUCUGACUCUUUAAAUUCGUUUUAAUAAAAUCUUAAUACACUGUA